AUUGAAAUGAGAUAAAUUAUCAGAUGAGUAACUGAUCCCCUCGACAAAAUAUUUAACACUAUCAUUAUAACCCAUCUAAAUCAAUUAGUAGAAAGCAAUACAAUCAUUUUAUAUCUUUAAAUAAACAAAUCAUGAUGAAAAAAUGCGGAUCUCCUAAUCAGCCAGCAAUUUCGAUAAUUAAAAACUCUGAACCUUCACAAAUAUGUCCACCUCUUUGCUUCGCCUGUCCAUUGACUUGUCCAAGACCUGCACUCGGACCGAAACCGAUAAAAACCGAGGUUUAUCUUCGUCCUGACCCAUUGUGCCCACCGUACUACCCCAUGCCCUGUCCACCUAAAGUUCAAGUGAUAUCUAUGCCCAUGACUCCUCCACCCCCACCCCCUCCAGCCCAACCGAGAUACUGCGUGACAAUAAAAAGAAUUCCUGUACGUCCUCCUCCACCGCCGACUCCUCCUGUGUCUUCACCAUGUCGAGCAAUUUGCAUUCCUGGCUCUGCGUCAUGCCCGGCCUGGACAUGUCCCUGAUUCAUAUCGACUGGGCUUCAAAAUAGAAGAAAAUCGGAAGAAGCCCAAUAAUUCAUGUGAAUUAUUCAUCAAGAUAAUUAAUUAAUUAGUUAAUCCUCGAUUAACUGGGGAAAUUCACAUAACAUAGGAUUUAUAACAAAUGUCUAUGGAAAAAAAUAGUAAAAGAUGCUUCCAUAUGUUGUUUCUUAUGCUAGAUUUGAUUAGGCGUCAAUUGUCGGUCAAAG